AGGGCUUCCGUGGGGACUCGGCCACUCGGGGCUCCGCAGCGGCCACUCUAGCCGCUGUCGCGUGGCUUGGCCUCGCUCUUGCGGCUGCAAGUUCUCCAUGGUGCCAGCAACGACAUGUGGCGCCUCCCGGGACUGCUGGGCCGAGCUCUUCCCCGUCUGCUGGGACCCAGCCUCCGGGGGGUGACCGCCAAGUCCACCAGCCCCGAUGGGCCUCAGGCUACCUCCUCCACCCUGCUGGUCCCUGUGCCCAACCUUGACAGGUCCGGCCCCCAGGGCCCAGGCAGGAACAGUGGUCCAAGGUCUCAUGGAUGGAAAGAUGCCUUCCAAUGGAAGUCUGCCCAUGUCUCCCCAAACACCCUGUGGGAUGCCAUAUCAUGGGGCACUCUGGCUGUGCUGGCCCUGCAGCUGGCAAGGCAGAUCCACUUCCAGGCAUCCCUGCCAGCAGGACCUCGGCGAGUGGAACACUGCUCUUGGCACAGUCCCCUGGACCGUUUCCUGUCAUUUCCCUUGUGGCAGCCGCGCUCCUCACUGCGGCGGCACAUUCUCCCCAGCCCUGACGGCCCAGCUCCCAGGCACGCUGGCCACAGGGAACCCAGGCUGGGCCAGGAAGAACCCUCAGCCCAGCCCAAGAGCUUCUCCUCACAUAGCUCCUUGAGAGCAGCUGGUCCUCAGGACCCCUUUGAGGAAGAUCCCAGUGAUUUGGGCUUCUUGCACGCCAGCAGUAGCUUCGAGUCCAAGGCAAAACCAGUCCAGCCUCAGCCCACUAGUGGAAAGAAGGAACAAGAUAGAUCAAAAACUCUUUCCCUCGAGGAGGCCGUGACUUCCAUUCAGCAGCUCUUCCAGCUCAGUGUUUCCAUCGCUUUCAACUUCCUGGGGACAGAGAACAUGAGGAAUGGGGACGACAUGACAGGCUUUUCUUACUUCAAGAAAGCUGCAGACCGUGGCUACAGCAAAGCACAGUACAACACGGGUUUGUGUCAUGAACAUGGCAGAGGCACCCCCAGGGACAUUAGCAAGGCGGUCCUUUAUUACCAACUGGCUGCCAGCCAGGGCCACAGCCUGGCUCAGUACCGCUGUGCCAGGUGCCUGCUGCGAGACCCAGCCUCCUCUUGGGGCCCUGAGCAGCACAGGGCAGUGUCCAUGCUGAGGCAGGCUGCAGACUCGGGCUUGAGAGAGGCCCAGGCUUUCCUCGGAGUGCUUUUCACCAAGGAGCCGUACCUGGACGAGCAGAGAGCUGUGAAGUAUCUUUGGCUUGCAGCCAGCAACGGGGAAAUCUCAGCUUUAUGUCGCUGCGAAUCACUGGGAAGGCAAUCUGUGGUUUGCUGUGUUCCUCAAGUGUUUGUGACCAGCAUAUUUUUUGAGCUGCCUCUUGAAGGACCCGGAGUCCUGGAUUAAAGCAAGCAAUAUGCACGUACUGUAAUUUCCCUACACAGUAGCUACUGCUUCCUUUGUUUUUUCGGCCAAACGUAUAGCUUCAUUGAACUCUUGGGCAUGAGAAUACUUUUUCUCCUCCAUUCUGUGUUGCCCAAAAUAUCUGUAGUAGCUGUCAGAUGGGGACUGAAGUCCCCAAUCAGUACUGGCCUCUGUGCCCGCCUUUCCUUGUAAUAGCCCUACACAGCUUCCUCAGGCUGGGCGGUCCUGCGUGUCUCUCUGCUGGACAAGCCCGGGGGCACCCUGGCUGCUUUAAUCAGACCGGCAUGCUAAAAGGGGAAUGCACAAAGGGAUGUCUGUCACCUGUUAUGUGACAGUGUGCUGGGACACAGACCUCACACUUACCUACCCCACAGGGAAUGGUGUCUUCCUGGGCGUCGCAGGCCUGGGUGUGUCGUAACCUGGCCUGUAGCCUGUAGACAUGAGUCCGUCAUCUUUAUUGGCGAGACCUUGGCCUGCGUGUUCCAGAAGUGAGGGCUCAGCCUCUCCAGAAAUUUGACUGUGAAGGGUAGGAAAGAAAUGAGACCAUGGUUGGGAGUCAGCAGUGUUUUGUUUUUUUAAGUUAAGAGAGUGACUAUGAUGAAGUGUUCUAGUAGACCGGGAGAGAUUGCUGAUGGGGGCGACUGCAGGGGAAGAUAAUAACAGCACUAGUCUAGGCACUUUUUAUAUAGUAACUCAUUUAAUCCUUACAACAACCUAAUACAGUAGGUGCUAUUAUUGUCCCCAGUUUAUUGGCGAGGAAACUGAGGCACUGAGCCAUACAGUAACAUGCCUGAGGUCACACAGCUGGUAAGUGGGGGGCCGCGAUUGGAACCCAGGCAGUCUGGCCGAACAGCCGGGCGCCCAGCCCCUGCGGGAUCCUGCCUCUCAAAAAAGCAUAGUUCUCAGUGAGAGGAGAGAACCCAGAGCUGUGGGCAAAGGGCUUAGCCUUUUGAAGGACGAGAAACACGUUCUCUGUGAUUUAUGCUUUGCAACCGCUCAGGCAGAGCUUCAGGAAGGCGUGCAGGGCCCUGGAGAAGCCGACCCUCCAGCCUGCCUACUUGCUCUGUCAGGACAGUAGGAGCCUGCCUCCGGGAGUCCCCUGGGGGCUGUUUCCUGUAGCCUUCACUUCUGCAUACUUGCAGCCAGCCUCAGCGAGAGAACCUUCCAUACUGCUGUGGCUGGAGUCUCCCGGGUGGAGGGUCCCGUCUCCUCUGGGCAAGCUCUGGGCCUCUGGGGGCUCAUCACCGGGAUCCCUCGGUGUCGGGGGCGGGCCGGGGCUGGGCCUCGACCCUGCACGGAUAAGCCCUAGCGUGCUCCUGCGUCAGCGUCCCGGGUCCUCAGUUCUGCAUGUGUGUAUCUGUCUGUCCAUUUUCUUCUC